GAUGAGCUCGACCUCAUUAUUCAAACUCUUCAGCAAUCUCUCUCUCUCUCUCAUCUCUUUCUCUCUCAUCGCUACUCGUUUCCUCUGUGAGUCGCCGCCGCGCACGGCGUUCCUCUUCGGCGGUUCCGUCGCACGUCGAUCGUCGCCGCGAAGACAUGUCGGAGUCUCCAUCUCAGGCGCAGGCACCGCCGCCGCCGCAGCCGGUGCUCUCCGCCGCCGCCGCCUCCGCCGCCGCCGCCUCCGCCACGGAGUACUGGUGCUUCCAAUGCGAGAAGCGCGUCUCCGUCGAAACCCUAGCGGACCUCCCCGAAGUCGUCUGCGUCGAGUGCAAGGGCGGCUUCGUCGUCGACUCGAUACCGGCCGCGCCGUCGGCGCAGCCCUCGCCGCCCGAUCAGCUCGACGAUCCCGCCCUCGGCUCCCAGUUCCUCCAGGUCCUGCGGCUGAUCGCGCAGGCGGCGCGUGACGAGGACGUCCCCCCGCCGCCGCCCUCGAAUCCGCCGUCGGACGACGAUUUCCUCCGAAUCGAGCUCGAUGGGUGGGACAACGAUGAGGAGGAGGAUGAGGACGACGACGAUGAGGAAGAGAACGAGGAGAACGGUAACCGCGAGGGGAUCGAACGGGGCGAAGGGGAGAGGGAGGGGGAUGAUCAAUCGGAUGACGAGAACGGAGGAGAGAACAGAGAUGAAUAUGAUGAGGAUGAUGCGCGGAGGAGGCGGCGUGACGUGCUCAGGCUCCGGAUCCGAGACUUUGCAACGCGAGCACGGAGCGGGCGCAACCGGAUUCUCGAUUGGGCAGAAAUCUUGAUGGGAUUGGAUGAUAGUUCCAUCGAACUGAGGCUCGAAGUGCCUGAUUCAGACCGCUACAUAGGCAAUCCGGAGGAUUACGUGGAUGACGCUGGGUACCAGGCUUUGCUGCAGAAUUUGGCGGAGAGCGACGGUGGAAGAAGAGGAGCCCCACCGGCUGCAAAAUCAGCAGUUCUGGAGCUUCCGACUGUGGAGAUCAGAUCAAAGGACGAAACCGUGGUGUGUGCGAUCUGUAAGGACAUGGCGAGUGUGGGCGAGAUGGUGAAGAAAUUGCCCUGUGGUCAUGGUUACCAUGGGGAUUGCAUCGUGCCAUGGUUGGGUGCGAGGAAUACGUGUCCAGUCUGUCGGUUUGAGUUGCCGACUGAUGAUCCUGAGUAUGAAGAGGAGAAGAAGAAAAUGAAUGUGAAUGCAGGCGGGAGCUCGGGUUCUGUCGGAGACAAUUCGGUGGAAUAAGUUUCCCUUGAUUUAUUGUUGAAUUUGCUUGUUUGGUGGAUUAGAACAACAAAUUUGAAUGCUUUUUUUUUUCCUGCCCUGAUAAUGUAAAUGAUGUUUUACCUAGUUGUCUUGUUUGUGUUUAUCUGCAAUUUGCUUUUGUUA